CGUCGAGCGUCGGCUAGAGGGCGGUGAAUUUCCAACAACAUGGCCGUCUAACACCGACACCCCGUGCAAGUCUCCACGAAGUUGACCAGUUUCAAGAAACCAGUGAAUUUCAUCGUUGCGCCUGAGGACAGUCCAAACUUGCGACUAAAGAAGGAAAAAGAAAUAGUCAAACUGGCACCGUUCAAGUUUCCCUUUUCAAAAAUGUCCAAGUCGCGCAGCAGCGACGAAAAGGACCGUGAGAAGGACAAGGACAAAGAAUUGGAAUACAAAAUGGAGAAGGACAAACAUUACGAGAAAGAAGCGGACAAAGGCAGUGACACGGAACACGAGGACGAAGAAAAUGCGCAAGAGGACGAGGAGGAUAACGCGAAUGGACGAAACGUUCAACUUCCAAUGAGUCAACUGCAAUUGACCACCGAAACUGAAUCCAAUUUAAACUCGGCGAUAUUCGAUUCCAACAGCCUGAUGGUGAGGAACGAACAAGCCAUACCGAGCUCCCCUCCUCCUUCUUACGAGCACGUUAUCGAACAGACGCGGUUGGAGCACGCAGCCGAGGUUCAGAAAUACGAGGGUGGAAAGAACCUCGGGAACGACGCGUCUGGCGAAGAUAAUAGAACAAAAGCACCCAAGAUCCUUCACAAGUCGAGUAAAGAGUUAUACAGAGCAGUGGCGAAACAGUGGGGCAUCACUUGCAAGAUGAGCGACCACUGCAGAUGCUUGGACUGUCAGAGCUGUUAUUUCGACUGCGAGUACGACAAGAAUGAGAACCAGAAGACUGACGGUGGACUAGGCGCCGGCACGCCGAUGUUCAUUUCCGAAGUGAUGCAAGGUUCCGGUUGCGUACUGUUCUAAGACAGCGGAAACGAACCUCCAUGGCGACGACACGGUCUUCACCGUGUGCUUCCAUAAGGAGCAAAAGUUCACGUGAUUGCGCACAAAUCAGGUUGACUGUUUCCUAAUGGACCGACGAGCCACGAAUCAGUUAGUUAUUGACCGUCGUCUUAUGGCUAUUUGGGAUGAAAUUGCUAAUAACAUAAACAGCCAGCCAAUAUUUAAAACUUUAUAAUCGAAAAAAUAUAUGUAAGUGGACCUUCGUGAAUUUUCAUUUAGAAGCUCUUGGUUCAGGAAAAUUGAUCGGCAUUACAAUUAAAAUGAUCUCUGUGUGGGAAAUAUCGAACACUAUGCAAUGCCCUACAAUUUCGAGGGUUUUUAAGAAACAAUGGUCAUCGAAUGAUAUUGUUGAAAAUAAAAAAUUCGAAUUUGAAGGAAAGCUGUUCAGAUAAAAAAAUUGCAAGUCGCGUAUUUGUGUCCCAAAUUUAAUUCACGAAGAAGUUCAUUCUAUAGAGAAAAGCAAAUUUUCGUUUUUGAGCAUCACAGAUGUUGAUGAAAUUUUUCGAGGUGGUAUCUCACGACAAUUACCCUUUUCAUUGAGAAGUAUUUUCGAUAAUGUCAAGCAAACUGCAGUGUGCUUUAACAAAGAAGUUACUAGAGGAAGUAUCGAAGUCAAAAAGAAAGAUUUCAACUUGUCAAUUGUAUACAUAUUACUCGUUGCAUUUUCACUCGGUGGUAAACGAUUGGUAAAAGCUCGACCAAUUUGUACAAUAGGCGUAGAGUUAACGUUUAAACGACCUCGCUGUUGAGAUUGUUUAAAAAUUCAUUGUCCAUGUCCGACCGAAAUGAUACCUACUCGAUUCUCAAGAAUGUUAAUAUCGAUAUCUGAACCGUGUUGCUCAUAGAUGAUGUACAUUUAAUCUCCCCGGGUCCUAUGGAUUGAACUUGAUUAG